AUGGCGUGGUGGCGCCCCAGGAUGGGCAGGACCUUGCUGGCCUGCUGCUUGGCGCUGUGCUGCUGGGGCUGCGUGGCCCCCGAGGGUGCACGGGCUGAAGCAGACCCCUUUGCGGGAAGCCCAGGGAACAUCACAGGUGCCCGAGGACUCAUGGGCACCCUUCGGUGUGAGCUCCAGGUUCAGGGGGAGCCCCCUGAGGUGACCUGGCUUCGGGAUGGACAGGUCCUAGAGCUGGCGGACAGCACCCAGACCCAGGUGCCCCUGGGCGAAGAUGGGCAGGAUGACUGGAAAGUGGUCAGCCAACUCAGAAUCUCGUCCCUGCAGCUGUCGGACACAGGACGGUACCAGUGUCUGGUGGUCCUGGGAGGACAGACCUUCAUGUCCCAGCCGGGCUACGUAGGGCUGGAGGGCCUGCCUUACUUCCUGGAGGAGCCUGAGGACAGGACUGUGGCCGCCAACACCCCCUUCAACCUGAGCUGCCGAGCCCAGGGCCCCCCAGAACCCGUGGACCUACUGUGGCUCCAGGACGAUGUCCCCGUGGCCCCGGCCCCGGGCCACGGCCCCCAGCACAACCUGCGUGUUCCAGGCCUGAAUCAGACAUCUUCUUUCUCCUGCGAAGCCCAUAACGCCAAGGGGGUCACCACAUCCCGCACAGCCACCAUCAAAGUGCUCCCCCAGCGACCCCGUGACCUCCGCCUGGUUUCCCGCCAGCCCACGGAGCUGGAGGUGGCUUGGACCCCAGGCCUGAGCGGCAUCUAUCCCCUCACCCACUGCACCCUGCAGGCGGUGCUGUCAGACGAUGGGGUGGGCAGCUGGCUGGGAGAGCCAGACCCCCCAGAAGAGCCCCUCACCUUGCAAGCAUCCGUGCCCCCCCACCAACUCCGGCUGGGCAGCCUCCAUCCUCACACCCCUUAUCACCUCCGCGUGGCGUGUGCCAGCAGCCAGGGCCCCUCCGCCUGGACCCACUGGCUUCCUGUGGAGACCCCAGAGGGAGUGCCCCUGGGCCCCCCUGAGAACGUUAGUGCCAUGCGGAAUGGGAGCCAGGCCUUCGUGCGUUGGCAGGAGCCAAGGGCGCCCCUGCAGGGCACCCUGUUAGGGUACCGGCUGGCGUAUCGAGGCCAGGACACCCCUGAGGUGCUACUGGACAUAGGGCUAAAGCGAGAGGUGACUCUGGAGCUGCGGGGGGAUGGGCCUGUGCCCAACCUGACGGUGUGCGUGGCAGCCUAUACUGCUGCCGGGGAUGGGCCCUGGAGCCUCCCUGUGCCCCUGGAGCCCUGGCGCCCAGGGCAAGGACAGCCAGUCCAUCGGCUGGUGAGUGAGCCCCCAGCUCCUGCCUUCUCGUGGCCCUGGUGGUAUGUACUGCUGGGAGCAGUUGUGGCCGCUGCCUGCAUCCUCAUCUUGGCCCUGUUCCUUGUCUACCGGCGGAAGAAGGAGACCCGCUAUGGAGAAGUGUUUGAGCCAACAGUCGAAAGAGGUGAACUAGUGGUCAGGUACCGCGUCCGCAAGUCCUACAGUCGCCGGACCACUGAAGCCACCUUGAACAGCCUGGGCAUCAGUGAAGAGCUGAAGGAGAAGCUACGGGAUGUCAUGGUGGACCGGCACAAGGUGGCCCUGGGGAAGACCCUGGGAGAAGGAGAGUUUGGUGCCGUGAUGGAGGGCCAGCUCAACCAGGACGACUCCGUCCUCAAGGUGGCUGUGAAGACGAUGAAGAUUGCCAUCUGCACGAGGUCGGAGCUGGAGGAUUUCCUGAGUGAAGCCGUCUGCAUGAAGGAAUUUGACCACCCCAAUGUCAUGAGGCUCAUCGGUGUCUGUUUCCAGGGUUCUGAACGAGAGGGCUUCCCGGCACCUGUGGUCAUCUUACCUUUCAUGAAACACGGAGACCUACACAGUUUCCUCCUCUAUUCCCGGCUUGGGGACCAGCCAGUGUUCCUGCCCACUCAGAUGCUAGUGAAGUUCAUGGCGGACAUCGCCAGUGGCAUGGAGUAUCUGAGCACCAAGAGAUUCAUACACCGGGACCUGGCUGCCAGGAACUGCAUGCUGAAUGAGAACAUGUCCGUGUGUGUGGCGGACUUUGGGCUCUCCAAGAAAAUCUACAAUGGGGAUUACUACCGCCAGGGACGCAUCGCCAAGAUGCCAGUCAAGUGGAUUGCCAUCGAGAGCCUGGCGGACCGUGUCUACACCAGCAAGAGCGAUGUGUGGUCCUUUGGGGUCACAAUGUGGGAGAUUGCCACACGGGGCCAAACCCCGUACCCAGGAGUGGAGAACAGUGAGAUUUACGACUACCUGCGCCAGGGAAAUCGCCUGAAGCAGCCUGUGGACUGUCUGGAUGGACUGUAUGCCCUGAUGUCCCGGUGCUGGGAGCUAAACCCCCGGGACCGGCCAAGUUUUGCAGAGCUGCGAGAAGACCUGGAGAACACGCUGAAAGCCCUGCCCCUUGCCCAGGAGCCUGACGAAAUCCUCUAUGUCAACAUGGAUGAGGGCGGAAGUCAUCCUGAACCCCCUGGAGCUGCUGGAGGAGCUGACCCCCCAACCCAGCCUGAUCCGAAGGAUUCCUGUAGCGGUCUCACUGCAGCUGAGGUCCAUCCUGCCGGACGUUAUGUCCUCUGCCCUUCCACAGCCCCUGGUCCCCCUCUGCCUGCUGACAGGGGCUCCCCAGCACCCCCAGGGCAGGAGGAUGGCGCCUGAGACAACCCUCCAUCUGGGACUCCCUCUCAGGACCCAAGCUAGGCACUGCCACUGGGGGAAACCCGCCCCCCCUUUCCCAUCCCAGGCCUCAUCCCCAAUUGCAGCCCUGUCUUCCUCCCCAUACCACCUCCAUCCCAGACAGAUCCUUCCCCUUCUUUGUGCCACAGCGUCACCACCUGUAAAAGAAAGGGGUUGGACUACAAUCUCUAAGGGUCCUCCCAGGUCUAACAUUCCAAGAUUCUAGAUUCUAAGGUUUAAAGAGUCUAGAUUCAAAGGUUCUAUGUUUCAAAGAUGCCAUGAGUCUUUGGUUCUAAGGACCUGAAAUUCCAAAGUCUCUAAUUCUAAAUCACUAAGGUUCUA